AUGGAGCCGUUUAUUUAUUUGCCCGAAUACCCGUUCGUGAUUUGCCAGGCGUGCAGAGUGGCAUGCGUUGGGAAUGAAGUAACCCGGCAUAUCACAUCAAAGCAUGCCGGAUCACCAGCGAGUGUCAAGUUAAAGGAGAUCCAAGCCGCGGUAGAAGUAAUCCCAGGCAUUAUUCGCAAUCAGAAGGAGUUGAAAGAUUGGUUAGUCCCACCCCCAACAACAGCCCCCAUCCCCCAUAUCCCGCCACCAAAGGAGGACGGGUUGGGGUGUAAUCAAUGCCCGUAUGUAGCCCGACAGAUCAAACGGAUGCAGCAGCAUUGUCGAGACAAGCACGGUUGGGUCAACAACCGCAAGCGAGGCCGGUACACCAACACAUCCGAAGCAGCCAUACCGCCCGUGCCGUGGAGGACAGGCGUUCAAUGCCAGCGUUUUUUCCGCAACCGCGUGGCCAGCAGUUGGUUUGAAGUCGGACGGACCAUCCCAUCCAGCAACGAAGGGCCCGACGAAGACGAAGCCAGCCGCCAGGCCGAGUUCGUCAUGGCCAUACAGCGACAGGCCCGACAAGCGUUUGAGAGCGAGGCCGAUGCCCGGAUCCAGGACGCCAGUGACAAGUGGGAGGCUGAGAGGUGGUUGAAACGAACCGGAUGGCCGGCGCAUUUGGCCCGCAUCGACAAAACCCGGUUGCGAGAGCAGGUGUUGCAACCGAUUGGAGAGAAUGAGCAGGUGUUACAGAAGAUGUGGGAGAUUUUCGAGUGCGUAUUGGACAACGCGUACGUGGCCACCAGUCGUUGCAGCCCAGGCACGGCCGAGUUGUUUGAGAUUGAACGAAAGGAGGUGACCGUCACCCCCAACAAGCCGUUCGAAGGGAUCAUGGAGCCGGAUGCGUGGGUGCGAUAUAAGGAACAGUGGCGGAUCAUGAUGUGUAUUUGGGUGCGACACGGACGGCACAGACGAUACAGAGGAUUCAGAUGA